AUGUCCGCGACGAGGCUGUACAAUGAAGCCCUUGCGGCGUUCAGAACCCAGAUGCUACAGGAGCUUAAACCUGGGAAGGAACAUGAACUACUCGAGAACUUCCUGGCAACACGAGAGGCCCCCAAUCGAGCAGCUGAAGAGGCCAAGUCGUUAAAGGCUCAUACCGACAAGAAAUGGGGUGAUCGAAAGAUUGGCAAGGUAACGGUACCAGCUCAUUGGAUCGACAAGAUCAUGGAAAACAUACAAAAUUUCAUUAGUGUCGGGAAUUUCGUCAUGGAAGGGGCGCCAGAAAGUGCCGGUCUUGCUUGGCUUGCUGUCAGACUAACUUUAUCGGCGAUUCAAGGCAACUAUGAGCUCUAUUCGUUAUUCGGGUCUGGCCUUACAGAUAUUACAGAGAUUAUGAUAUUGAUCCCGCACUACGAUAAUCUGUAUGACAGCGGUUCCAAAAAGGCGCGAAAGGACUCAUUGGUGGGAAUACUCUUCGACAACAUCAUGGAAGCAUACAUAGCCGUUCUUCGAUUCUCUUUUGAGAUCAAGAGGCAUGUUUCAGCCAGCUCGAUAUCAAAGGUCACUCACGUUGUCGCAGAUUUCUUUGGCACAUCAAAACUAAAAUUUCAAGAUCUACUCGAUAAAAUCAAGACUCGCAAGUCAAGAGUGCUCGAGUACAGCAUGGCGGCAUAUCAGGACAAAUCACUCAAGUUCAAUGAUAAACAAGAGGCUGAUAUGGAAUCUCUCAAGAAGACACUGGAAGAUAUGCAAAGUUUUCAUGAUAGUGAAAAGAAAUACCGUGAAGAAUUCAUUGCCGAAAUACAUGCGGUGAAGCAAUCCAUUGAGGCAACAACCAAGCCGAAGACCCCCUGGGAUUUUGCAAUAGUCAACUUCGAGAAGACGAAAAAGAAGCUGAGUCCUGAAGACGGUGUGCAAGAGCCUCUGACCACAGCACUGAGUAGGCGUUUUGCAGGGACAUGUGAAUGGAUACUCGAAGAUAAGGAUUUUCUCAAGUGGCACCAAGCGAAUUCCAACGAAUUACUCUGGGUUACCGGGAGACAGGGUACCGGAAAAUCGACGUUGCUAGGGUUCAUCACCGAGCAUCUUUGUGAUAAUAUGGACAAAGAUAAUACGAUUCCAAUCUAUUUCUCAUGCGAGACCAACACUAAAGCAAUAAAAGUUUGCAACUCUCUAUUGUAUCAGGUCUAUAUCCAAGCAAGGAGCGAGCGAAAUGAUUUGCUUCUUCUAGAAGCUUGCAACGCAGUGUUCUCUAACGCUAAAAGCGCUGAGCUUAGCAAUACCAGAGGAAGUGAGCCAACGGCGAAAGCUAGAGGGGGUAUAGCCCAUAUCAUUGGGAAUGACGACAGUCUAGCGGAUCUUGCGGUAGCCAUGCCAAAACUAUCUGCGCUGUUGAAACGAUCCAUCGUUGUUAUCAUUGACGCCGUUGAUGCUUUGCAAGCUGAUGACCAAAAGCACCUGAUCGACCAGCUUCGGAUGGUACUUAACCCGACUACCGAUUUGGAACCUUCCAAAUUUCAGAUCAAAAUCUUAGUGGGCUGUAGAGUGCCCUUGCGGUCCGCGUAUACGGAGUUGAAAAUGGAAGAUCGCAAUCAUCAAGAUAUGAGAACCCGGCUAUCUGCGGCACUCAAAUCGUUGCAAGGAAUAACCCAAGAAGAAACGGAUAAGGCAAUGAACAUCAUACUUAAGAAAGCCGGACCAAACUUCAACUAUAUCACGGAAACCGGGAUCCCGUUCAUCCGCCAGCCAUUCCAGGGCCCGCUAGACAAGCACUUGGAAUUGCUGCCUGAGCCUCGCGAGGUAUCCAACACUUACGAAGAGGCGAUACAAAAGAUGGAGCCCAAUUACCUAGAUCUUCUACGAGUCGCUGUUACCUGGUGUUUGUUAGCACCAGGACCGAGGAUGUUAACGGUAGAAGUCGUCAUGGAUGCUUUCCGAGGCACAUACCAAACUGAUACCCCAGAUAACGAGUCACUGACGGGUGAAUACAGUGCUGAAGUAUUCCCGCUAGCCUCGCAUCUAGAGAAAACUCAAUUGGAAGACACUCAAGGCCCUUUCUUAGAUAUGGAACUUGACGACGCUUCCCCUAGUUUUGUUUCGUUACGAAACUAUACUGAAGUGAGAGAGUUCUGUGUCGAAGGUGCUAGUCAUCAGAGCUCCCAUGAAAACCCUCAAAAUGAAGAAAUUCAUAUGUGCUCGCGAUGUGGGGUAUUCAUGUCAGGGCCAAAACAUCUAAUUGUCUCUGAAAAGGAAGGCCAUUUAGACAUUGCGUUAGCUUCACUACGCCACCUCAACCACCCUCUAUUCCAGAAAAGGGCGCAACUACUUUUCUAUGAAACUAGUCUAGCUACUGAAGAGCUAGAGCCUCAGAAAGCACAAGAGCAGCCUCUCGUAGAUGGCUCCUCUGAAACUCCUGAGAUGAACACGAAAAAUGCCGCCAACAUGGAAGGGGGUACGACGAUAAACGACGGUACCAGUAAAGCAGAUGUUGUCACGCUCGUGGCACGUCAUGAAACUACUACAGAUGAGAAAGACGACGCGGAAACGAAGCCUGACGGUGAAACCAAAGAAUCAGAGAAUGACGAUGACAGCGAUGGAUCAGUAGAUGAGGAGGAUGAUGAUGCAGAGAACCCAACUGGUGGAACCGAAGAGGAUAUUGACCCGGUCCCGGAGUUCAGCUCCAGAUACGAAAUUCACUACUGGCCGUAUCACCUUCGCAAGGCUGAAGACCUGUGGAGCGAAGAAGAGCGUGCAGGAAAUGAUAAGUGGACGCAAGUACUUGCUCAACUUGACCGCCUCUGCGAGAAUACAAACGUUUUUGGAUCCUGGCAAAGAGUCUUCAGCUAUCGAGAGUCGAGUACUUAUUUGAGAUCCUCAAGAAAACCACUUCACGUAGCCUCCUACCUAGGCCUUGUGAGUUGGGCUAAGCACCUCCUAGACCGGAAGCAAGACCCAAACGAACUAUCAGGUUCAUAUAACGCUUUACAAGCGGGCGCCCUGAGAGGUGCUAGCCCAGAAAUGCUAAGAUUGCUCCUCGAGAGAGGGGGCGAUAUUAACGCACAGUCAGCAGAUGCAGCACCAGCUUUCCACACAUGGCUGAUUCAAGAUGCCAGCGUGGAUACAGUCAAGCUCAUGCUAGAACAUGGUGCGGAUCCUCUUAUACAUGGCAGGCUCGAAGGUUUUACCGCGCUACAUCACCUGGCUUGGAAAGGAGAAGACCCCGAUGCACUAGACCUCAUCUUGAAUCAUUCUUCAGUUAAAGCCAGCAGCAAUUACAUCAAUAUCAAGAGCAAAGACAAGGAAACUCCUCUACAUGUCCUACUUUGGAGAAAAGAGGUUCCUAUUGAGCUUUUGAAGGCCUUUCUGGAUCGUGGUGCUAAUGUUAACGAGGACGAUAACUACUCAAGGCGGCCGUUGCAACUGGCUAGUAUAUGGGGCGAACUCAAAUGUCUAGAGGUUCUGCUUCGUGAUGCUGAACUGAUUGACGACGAUGAUAGUUUUGGAAACACUUCUCUGAAUUUCGCAGCAUCAUACGGCCACGUGAAGUGUGUCGACCUGCUAAUUCGUAAGGGUGCAAAUAUCCACCGUACUAACAAAGCCGGGCGAACGCCCCUUCACGAAGCUGCUUGGAGUGGAGAAAAGGAAUGCAUCGAGAAGUUGCUAGAGCAUGGCGCUGAGAUCAAUUGCCUGGACUCGCACGACAGAAAUCCCUUAUUCUACGCUUGUCAAGGAAAUUCGGAAGAUACGGCUGUCUUCAUCCUAGACACAUUGCUAGAGAAGAAAGUCCCCUUCUCCGAGAUCAACAAAGCCACGAAAGGGUUGAGGACGCCUCUCCGCCAAGCAGCAUCAGCUGGGUAUGAGCGAGUGGUACGAAAGCUGAUCGAUAACGUCAAGGGAAACAGUGAUGUAGCCAGUCUUCAGUUAGACCAAGAAGACCGAAGACACGGGAUGACACCACUUCACCGUGCAGCAUGGAAAGGGUAUGCCGAAUGUGUCAGGGCUCUGCUUGAAGCAGGCGCCGAUGCGAAGAUUCUAGUGAACGACCAAAGCUCCAGAACAGCUCUUGUGCUUGCCUACGAGAAAUGGGCACUCAGCCAUCAGAGCUCCUAUGAAGACACCAUCUCUCAAUUAAUCGAAAAGAAUCCACUAGCGGCGAAAAAUGACGCGGAACUCUUGUGUUUAUGUGCCGAGAAUGGCAGCAUUGAGAUCAUCAGACAACUUCAGGGAAUCGGCGCAGACUUUAGUCUUCGGGACCAAUUUGGCUGGACACCUUUGGAGUUGGCGAGAAAGCUCCAACGAACUGAGGUUGAACAAUUGCUCAAGAAACAGAUAGCUUGGAAAGGGCUACUUCCAGGUCGAUGGGAAAGGAGCGAUCUCAAAGGUGCCAUCUCGGAGGACGGUCUAAAAAUCACUUACGCGAACGGAACACGCAUCUGUGUCACUACGGAUCGUCCACUGCCGGCUGGAUUGGAUGAUUUCUACUUCGAAAUCACCAGCGAGCCCUUUGAGACACAGUCCAUAGCAGAAUAUCCGGAGUUUGCCAUAGGCUUCUGCACCCUGCGUGGUGAUACUAUCGAUUUCCCGGGGUGGCCGCCGCGGGACCAGGCGAAAUCAGCGGCUUCGUGGGCUUAUCACGGCGAUGACGGAGGGUUUUACCGUAGCACCGGCGAUGGGCAAGGAGGGUUCUCGGACCGGGAACUUCGAUACCAGUCUGGAGAUACAGUGGGAUGCGGAGUAGAUCUUACUACAGGCAAGAUCUGGUUUACGAAAAACGGCCAAUUGUUGAAGCACUCAUUUCAGGAUGUGCAUGGGCGGCUAUUUCCCGUUGUUGGUCUGCGGCAGCCAGUUUGCAUUUCCACGAAUUUUAUAGGUCCUUUCAAAUGGGACUGCGAUGGAGAACGUGACGAGCCCGAUGGUAAUGCAGCUGCAAUUGCUGGCACGGCUGCGAUAGCAUCGAAAUAG